CCAGCUUUCUAUGCUGCUGCUGCUGCUGCGUCGAGCUGGACUACUAAGGAUCCAUAGACAGGCUCCUCAACGCACCAUGUCGACGUUCAUUCACCUUCACACCCUCGAUCUCCGAGUACACGACUCACCCUCCCUUUUCAUCUCACACGACCCGUCGUCCAACCUAUCGAACCAGGUCAACCAUUUCCUCCCGGUGUACAUUUUUGAUGAACGCGCUCUGGACGUUUCGCACCUUCCUGAGGGUUCCAAGCCUUUCUCACCUCGGAUCCGACCAUCCGAGGACGGCAGACCCAAUGGCGCUCAGCAGACUCGUGCUGCGCCAACAUCACGAGUCGCUCAAUUCCAUCGAACCUCGCCUCAUCGACUGUGGAACCUGCUCGAAGCGGUCUAUGGGUUAAGAGAUACCUAUAGAAGGUCAGGAGGCGAUCUGCUGAUCGGAUAUGGGCGUCCGGAGAUCUUGAUCCCUCAGUUGAUCAAAACUCUCGGGGAAGAUCACGUCGCUGGAGUAUGGGCUCAAAAGGAGUACACGUUGGAAGAAUCCAACAUGUUGAAAAAUCUUCGAAAGUCUUUACCUGGGAAAGUCAAGCUUCAGCUGAACGACUCCAAGACCUUGAUCCCUUCGAAACAUUUACCGUUCGAUCCCGCUAAACAGACUCCCGACGUCUACACUGCCUUUCGAAAACGGGUUGAAGGGAUGGGCCUGACACUCGGAGACAACGAGAUGCUCGUCCCGCCCGUUCUCACGGCCCGAUGGUCACCUUCCAAGAUAUUCAACGACGUUAGAGUCAGCGUCGGCAAGAAGCGAGUCAACUUGAAAUCUUUCCCCGACAUCAAGCUGGAAGGAAAAGGUUGGAUCAGGUCUGGAUCAGAGUACGAUUCCAUGCAGGCAAUGUAUUCUGCGUUGGUGAAACCAUUGCUGGAUCAUCCACCUCUUGCGGGAUGGUCUAGUGUUGUCAAGAGUUCCGACGAGCCACCUGACUUUCAUCCUGAAUCUGCCUUACCGUCCGAAGGAGGGAGCGAGGCGUCCGCUUUGACUAGGCUGGAAGAUUACGUGGGGCACGAUCCAAAGUCUGAGGAGAAGGACGGGGAGAACGACAAUGACACUGAUAGGCGGGAUAGCGUCUGGCUGGGAGGCGCCAAGGCCAAAACAUACAAGGACACACGAAACGGUUUGGUUGGGGAAGCUUUCAGUACCAAGUUUGCUGGAUUCCUCGCUCUGGGCACUCUGAGCGCUCGAGAGGCUGGAUGGAGAGUAGGAGAGCUGUUGCAAAGGGUCGGUAAGGAUGCCAAAGUGAGAGGAAACGUGUACUGGAUUCUCUUCGAGCUUCUCUGGCGAGACUAUUUCCAAUUCACCACCCUACGAUACAACCACAAACCGUCAUCCCUGUUUGACAUUGAUGGAUUCGCAGCGUCUAUGCAAGACUCUCAUGAACACGAACGACCAGAUCCAAAUGACUGGCAUAAACCAAACUGGGACGAUCCAAAUGAUCCUGCUCGAAGGUGGUGUGAGGGCAAGACGGGCGUACCGUUCAUCGAUGCGCCGAUGAUCGAGCUGAGGGAGACCGGAUACAUGAGCAAUAGGAGCCGACAGAACGUCGCGAGCUUCCUCACUAAGGACCUGUACGUCGAUUGGCGGAUAGGGGCGGAGUUCUUCGAAAUGCAUCUGAUAGACUACGAUACUUGUUCAAAUUGGGGGAACUGGCAAUACCAAGCUGGCGUCGGUAACGACCCUCGAGCAUCCCGUCAAUUCAACCCCAUCAAGCAGGCGCAUGACUACGAUGCAGAUUCAGAAUACGUCAAACUUUGGCUACCGCAGCUUGAAGGUCUCCCAGAUGAUAUCAUACAGACUCCAUGGUUGAGCAACAAACAAAUCAAAGAUUACCCCUCUAAACCGAUCGUCGAGAAUCCUCAAUGGAAGAAGUUCUAUCACAAGACGCCUGGGAAGCAUAGCAAGAACAAAGGCAACGGUGGAAAUGGCGGAAGGGGUGGUGGCGGUACUUACAGGGGAAGGAGUCGAGGGACCGGGACAGGCAGGUACGGAGAGGCGCACAGGGGUCCAAACCAGUGAGCUGAGGAUUUUAGACACGUGCAGCAGCGAAGAAGCAUUGAAUGC